AUGUCAGAACCUUCAGCGCAGUUCUCUUUCGCUAGGGAAGAGGAGAAAGUUUAUGCUUUGUGGAAUGAAAUUGAUGCAUUUCAUAGGUCAUUAGAGUUAACUAAAGAUAAGCCCGAGUUUUCAUUCUUUGAUGGUCCACCAUUUGCCACUGGUACGCCUCAUUAUGGUCAUAUUUUGGCUUCAACCAUUAAGGAUAUUGUUCCAAGAUAUGCUACUAUGACUGGUCAUCAUGUUGAUAGAAGAUUUGGUUGGGAUACCCACGGUUUACCUAUUGAGCAUAUCAUCGAUAAAGAACUUAAAAUUACAUGUAAAGAAGACGUUUUUAAGUACGGGUUGGCCAACUAUAAUGAAAAGUGUAGGUCUAUUGUUAUGACGUAUGCCGACGAAUGGAGAAAGACCAUUGGUCGUCUUGGUCGUUGGAUUGAUUUCGAUAAUGAUUACAAGACUAUGUAUCCAUCAUUUAUGGAGUCUGAAUGGUGGGCAUUCAAACAACUGUUUGAAAAAGGUCAAGUUUAUCGUGGCUUCAAAGUGAUGCCGUAUUCUACUGGUUGUACAACUCCAUUGAGUAACUUUGAGGCUCAACAAAAUUAUAAAGAUGUUAAUGAUCCCGCAGUCACUAUAGGUUUCAACGUUAUUGGACAAGAAAAGACUCAAUUGGUCGCUUGGACUACCACUCCAUGGACUCUGCCUUCAAAUUUGGCAUUAUGUGUGAACAAGAACUUUGAAUAUGUCAAAAUUUAUGAUGAAAAAAAGGACUGUUAUUAUAUUCUUUUGGAAUCAUUGAUUGGCGCCUUAUAUAAGAAGCCAAAGACUGAAAAAUUCAAGGUUGUUGAGAAAAUAAAAGGUUCCGAUUUGGUGGGUUUGAAGUAUGAACCAUUAUUCCCAUAUUUUGCUGAGGCCUUCAAAGACACUGCGUUUAGAGUUAUUGAGAAUGACUAUGUUACCAGCGAUUCAGGUACUGGUAUUGUUCAUAAUGCACCAGCUUUCGGUGAAGAAGAUUACAACGUUUGUCUAGAAAUGGGCGUUAUAAGCGCUGAUGGAAGUAUUCCAAAUCCUGUCGAUGAUACAGGUAAAUUUACCUCUGAAGUCACUGACUUUGCUGGCAAAUAUGUUAAGGAUGCUGAUAAAGAAAUCAUCAAAAGCUUAACUGCAACAGGGAAUUUGUUAUUAGCUUCUCAAAUUAGACAUUCUUACCCAUUCUGCUGGAGAUCCGAUACACCAUUAUUGUACCGUACAGUUCCAGCAUGGUUUGUCCGUGUAAAGGAAAUUAUUCCCCAAAUGCUAGAUUCUGUUCAAAAAUCACAUUGGGUUCCAAGUGCCAUCAAGGAGAAAAGAUUUUCUAAUUGGAUUUCGAAUGCUCGUGAUUGGAACGUCUCUAGAAACAGAUAUUGGGGUACUCCAAUUCCUCUAUGGGCAUCAGAAGAUUUAUCAGAGAUCAUUUGUGUUGGUUCAGUUAAGGAAUUAGAAGAAUUGAGUGGUGUCACUGGAAUCAAAGAUUUGCAUCGUGAAUAUAUUGAUGAAAUCACCAUCCCAUCGAAGACUGGUAAAGGGCAGUUGAAAAGAAUUGAAGAGGUUUUCGACUGUUGGUUUGAAUCAGGUUCUAUGCCUUUUGCGUCUCAACAUUAUCCAUUUGAAAAUACUGAAAAUUUCAAGAAUAGAGUUCCCGCAAAUUUCAUUUCUGAAGGUCUAGAUCAAACAAGAGGUUGGUUCUAUACUCUAAGUGUCCUUGGUACUCAUUUAUUUGGGUCCGUUCCAUAUCAAAAUGUGAUUGUUUCUGGUAUUAUUUUAGCCGCUGACGGCAGAAAGAUGUCCAAAUCUUUAAAGAAUUAUCCAGAUCCAAAUAUUGUUCUUGAAAAGUAUGGUGCUGAUGCUUUAAGGCUAUAUUUGAUUAAUUCCCCAGUUUUGAAAGCUGAAACUUUGAAAUUCAAGGAAGAGGGUGUCAAGGAAGUAGUUUCGAAAGUUUUACUACCAUGGUGGAACUCCUUCAAAUUUCUGGAUGGUCAAAUCGCACUAUUGAAGAAGACUUCAGAUGUUGACUUCAGAUAUGAUCCAUCUGUACGCAGCGAAAACGUAAUGGAUAGAUGGAUUUUAGCAUCCAUGCAGUCUUUGGUUCAAUCUAUACAUGAGGAAAUGAAAGAGUAUAAACUAUAUGCUGUUGUACCAAAACUUUUGCAUUUUAUUGACGAAUUAACAAAUUGGUACAUCAGAUUCAAUCGUCGUCGUUUGAAGGGUGAAAAUGGUGUUGAUGAUUGCUUGAAAGCUUUAAACUCAUUAUUUGAAGCGUUGUUCACUUUCGUUCGUGUUAUGGCUCCAUUUACCCCAUUCUUAUCUGAUUCUAUUUAUCUAAAAUUGAAGAAUUAUAUCUCCGAAGAUGUCCUAAGUCAAUGCACAAAGGACGGCAGAUCAGUGCAUUUCUUAUCCUACCCAGAAGUUAGAGAAGAAUUCUUUGAUGAAGCAAUUGAAAAAUCAGUCGCUAGAAUGCAAUCAGUCAUUGAACUCGGUAGAAAUAUUCGUGAAAAGAAAACCAUCUCUUUGAAGACUCCACUAAAGACAUUGGUCAUUUUGCAUAGUGAUGAAGAUUACUUGAAAGAUGUUCAAGAACUCAAGGACUAUAUCCAAGAGGAACUAAAUGUUCGUGAUAUUAUCAUUACCACCGAUGAAGCCAAGUAUGGUGUCGAAUAUAGAGCUUUAGCUGAUUGGCCGGUUCUAGGUAAAAAAUUGAAGAAGGAAGCAAAAAAAGUUAAGGAUGCUUUGCCAAAAGUUACCUCCAGCGAAGUCCAAAAAUAUUUAGAGACCGGUGAACUGAAUGUUGCAGGUAUUGAACUGGUCGAAGGUGACUUGAAUGUCGUGAGAGGUUUGCCAGAAUCACAAGUUCAACAGGGUCAAGAAGCAAGAACCGAUAAUGAAGUUUUGAUUAUCUUGGACACGAAUAUUUACCCUGAGCUGAAAACAGAAGGUUUAGCUAGAGAAUUGAUCAAUAGAAUUCAAAAAUUGAGAAAGAAGUGUGGUCUUGAAGCCACAGAUGAUGUGCUUGUCGAAUACGAAUUAAUCAAGGACACAAUUGAUUUCGAAGAAAUUGUGAAGCAGCAUUUCGACAUGUUGUCUAAGACAUGUAGAUCCGAUAUUGUCAAGAGCGACUCUACCAAAUCCGAUGCUAUUGCUGAUGAAGAACAAUCCAUCAAUGACACCAUUUUCAAACUGAAAAUUUUCAGAUUGUAA